AUGCCCCGCGCCGUGUCCGAGCGCAUCACGAGCGCACGCACGCAGGCGGCGGCGGCCUCGCCACGCUCCGCGCCCCAUACGCAGCAGAACUCGAGUGCGACGACGAAGAACCCCAUCUUCAACACGGACCGGUUUGGCCAGCACAUCCUCAAAAACCCGCUCGUGGCGCAGGGCAUCGUCGACAAGGCGAACUUGAAGCCCACCGACGCCGUGCUGGAAGUCGGUCCCGGUACGGGUAAUCUGACGGUGCGCAUCCUCGAGAAGGCCAAGCGGGUCACCGUCGUGGAAAUGGACCCCCGCAUGGCCGCCGAGCUCACGAAGCGUGUGCAGGGCAAGCCUGAGCAGCGCAAGCUCGAAAUCGUCCUGGGCGACGUGAUCAAGACGGAGCUCCCCUACUUCGACGUGGUCAUCAGCAACACGCCCUACCAAAUCUCGUCGCCCCUCGUGUUCAAGCUGCUCUCCCACCGGCCGCUCUUCCGGUGCGCCAUCCUCAUGUUCCAGCGCGAGUUUGCGAUGCGCCUCGUCGCCCGGCCCGGCUCGCCGCUCUGGGGCCGCCUCUCCGCCAACGUGCAGCUGUACGCCAAGGUCGAUCAUAUCAUGAAAGUCGCGCGCGGCUCGUUCCGCCCGCCGCCCAACGUCGACAGCAGUGUCGUGCGCAUUGUCCCGCUGAAUCCGCCGCCGCCGAUCCGCUUCGAGGAGUUUGACGGCCUUACACGCAUUGUGUUUAGCCGCCGCAACAAGGUGCUGCGCGCCUGCUUCUUCAGCGCGCGCGGCGUCCUCGAGAUGAUGGAGGCCAACUGGAAGACGUACUGCGCCGAACACAGCGUCUCUGUCGAGGGCGUCUCGUUCCCCGAUAAGGUCGACGGCGUGCUACAGCGCCUUGGCAUGAGCGAGGCGCGCGCCGCCAAACUCGACGUCGACGAGCUGCUCGCACUGCUCUCGGCCUUCCAUGACGAGGGCAUUCAUUUCUAG